UGAAGAAGAGUGGUGCGAACAGGAAGCAUGCAUAUGCCGACCGAGAGGAGUUCACAGACCGCAGGGCCAGCUACAAGAGAGAGAAAAUGCAAAUCAGCACCAUCCAUUGACGCAAAGUUUGCACCAACAGGAAGUAACAAGACUAUAUGCAUGGCAGGAGGAAGUGUUGGUGUCUAUGACAGUAUCAGAGCAGCUCACCCCAUCUUCCUGAGGCUCCACAUAGAGCUCAUCCCCGAUCCUGGACAGAGAAUGGAUGGCUUUGGCCAGCACUGGACGCAGAUAAAUGGGAAAGAAGGAAGGGCAGAGAGAGAGAGAGAGAAAGAGAGAGAGAGAGCCUGUCAAUGCAAAAUUAUCUCACCUCACUGGUCUUUCUCGUUGGCCUGCUUUAGAGUGUGAGGAACGCUGCCACACAUCGUCUCUCCUCCCAUCACCGUAGAUCUAAAUGGCUGUUGCAGAAGAGGUGUAACUAAAACAACAUUUGUGCACUGAAACCACAGACAUUUGGUGAAAGAGAUAACACACGACAGGAGUAGUUUUGUGUCUGGCUAAGCUUUGUGCCAAAACAACACAACGAGGGACAGACUGCUGCUGAAACUUUGGUGGACUAUGGAGGAUUGGAGCCAGUAUGAAAGUGUAACAUCCACGAGAAGAAUUACUAAUCUAGCUGGGGAAUUUAAACCGUGAGAGAUGGACCCAUCAUGCUAUUUACGUUGAGAAACGUAUAAGAAGAUAAUGGAAAAAGAUUGGAAUGAAAACAAGGGGAACCCACCAUCACAGGUAUCUUAAGGGCUGACAUGAUUCACACACAGCUAAUUUCUUCUCUCCUGGACUCCUGUCUUUUUUUAAAGUGAGCUAUUACACAAGAAUCCAUACUAUUGUGUCAUUGUCGAAACGUUUUUCUGUGAAACCUGGAUUUGAUACACAGCAGUUCUGUUAGAUGUCUCAGUCACAUGAAACAAAAGACAAUCAGGCUUUGCUGCAGUCCAUGCUGCAGAAACUGAAGCUCCAGCCGGGAAAAGAGGCCCAGGGAUACCCGCACACACCUGUACCCACCGCAGCUGCUUCUGCAUGGGGGCGAGAUGGAGAAAGAGGAGCCUCCAACCUUCAGAAAGCAAACAGCAGUCCUGUAAAUGGCGUUGAGCUUGGUACCAAUAGAAUCCCCUCAAAGGGGUUUGGGAUCUCUGCUGCGGAAAGUAAUUUAUGCCUCAGAAGUCCGGAAAUACAACCACCAGGUCAUGGUUGUGAAGGGGACAGGGGUCUUAUUUCCUCCCACACCCAGAAAGACAACAUUGAUGCUGACACGGGUGAGGAAAAGCGGUUGGGACAGGCCACUCAGCCUGCUAUCACCCCAACAGGAACAGGGCAGCUGUUUCCUGCUGAAUCACUUAAGGAUGCUGAUAUCACUUCCUCUGAGAGGACUGAUGGGGCGAGGGGGAGUUCUGGCAGUUCUGCAAUGACAAGACACACCCCGAGAAAUUAUGAUGAUGUCAAAAGCACGGGACAGAAUCAGAAUCAGAACCAGGACCAGAGUUUUAUGCCAAAAGUCUACAUGUGGUCCUUAAAGCCCAAAGAUGCAGAUCUUGCCACACAAAUUCAAGGCAAUGAAGCAUUGCAUGUGGGAAACGGGGGAUUUAGAGCUUUGGCAAAUAAUAAGGACAUGCAGAUUGUUGCGACAAACAGCGGCUCUAUAAGACAACAACUAUCGCCUGAGAGUAAAACGAGGAGAUGGACUCAGAAGAUCAAGGAGAGAUGGAGGGACAGGCCAGGGAGUUUUGGCAAUGAAAGAAAAAAAAGGAGGAACGGGAGACCAGAAGAGUAAGCAAGGACCUGAAAUUUCACCUCAAAACCAGCUGUUGCCAGCAGAAAAUGUCAUCAACACAUCAAAUAAGGUGGAAGAAAGGAUCUUUCCUACACUCGACUGCAGUGAUCCCAGUAACACUCCUCCUACAGACGGCACUAACGAAGGAUAUAUGAGACCAACCAGCAGAGAUUUUGAGUUUGGCCUGGGCUCCUUUAGCUUGCUGGAGGAGAUCAUCACCGGUCAAGAGUGGGCAAGGUUCCUAAACCCCAACGUAUCAGCUGCCUCGGCCAAUCAGAGACCUUCAGAACUCAAAAUCCCACCAAAUCCUAAUGAUAGUGGUCAAUCACCUGUGAUUUUUAAUCAACAAGGAGGUGUGAACAACCAGUGGGACUUCAAGGGAUCUGAGACAUCCCCAGAUUUAGACUUCAGCAGGGCACAAAUAUCGCCUGAAGCUUUCCAAACUGUCAGCAUGGAGGUUUCAGAAGGAAAGCAAGCUGCAGUACGAGGCUUUCACAGUGAGGCCGAUCAAUCAGAACCAAUGGAGCAUGGACAAACCCGCAGACCCCAUUUGUUUGUAAAGCCUAAAGUUAUUUUGGAAAACUCAGUGCUGAAGAGCACAGUCCACCUCAACAGGAAGAGACAGCAUCACUCAGCUCAUAGAGACAAGGAACUUUCCAUGGAGAUAAUAAGUGAUGGAAAAGAGGCAGACAGAGGGGGGUUCAUAUCUUCACUGAGCCUCACAAGCAACCACGUGAUGGAGGAGACAGGAGAGUCACAGCGUAAUAACCUCAUGCCUUUAUACAUCUUAAACUCUCCUCGCUCUCCAUCUACUCCUUUUGCUCCUGCACCCCGGGGUGUCCUCAAACACAGCAUAUCCCAGGAUUCACAGUCCUCAAUGGAAACUGUGACAAAAAGGAGGCGAGUUGAGGAGAACCGGCGGGUUCAUUUUUCAGAGGAAGUGGUUGCCAUAGCGCCUCCAGAGCCACAGUCGUAUGCUACAGAUUCGGAGGAGGAUUCGGAAGAAGAGGAGGACGCUGUGGCAGAGCAGGAGUGUGAGGAAGAGCAGGCAGCGACAGAGGAGGUGGCAGCACCAGCACCAACACGCCGGCCUGCUCUCCCUGCCUGGAUACAGGCUCUGAAGAGGAGGAACACACGGAGGAAGCGCAGAUAGAGACUGCACAACUGUUUUUGGUUCUUUCUGGAUACUUGAAGCACAUCGGUGUCUUAUUGCUCCUCAUCCAGACCACCACCUCUCAAAAUGAUAAUUGAUCAAGUGUUGAGAGUAUUUCAAACCUUUCCAACUAGAGCCAGAAUUGUUUCCCCUCAACGUUUUUUUGUCCAUGCUCUCCUCUUUGUCUGUCUAUCUAGAUUGGAUCCUAUAUUAUAUAAUGUCAAUAUGGAUAAUAUAAGUAUAUUAAGUGUUUAGUCGAUUUGGUUACUGGAGUAAAUAUUCUUCCACCAGCUUUUAUCAGAAAUGCUGUCCUCCUCCUCCCACUCCUUCCAUGUCACACUGGCCAGCAGCAGACUGUCUCUCGGUAAUGGAUCCCUGUCCAGCCAUCCUGGGAAAUUAACCCCAGAGGAGGAAAGGGACUUUGAGCUGAAGCAGUGGCUGCAGACUAUUGGUGGUUUCUGAUUGUCUGCUGCUCUCUGUGCAGCUCUUGAAGCGCUGAAACCUUAUUGUGAAGCAAUAUGCUUGCAGUCUUCACUUAUAGGAUGGUACAUUGACAAUGUUAUCAGCCUCUGUUAUGUUUUUACAUACUAGGACUGCAGCUACAGAUACUUGCAUUUGAGAGAUUGUGUAGCUAUAAGACAAGUAUUGUAAUAAUGUUUGUUUGCUUUCUCUUUGUGAGUCAGAUGAGUCGGUAUGAUGUCUGUAUGACAUUGUAUGUUGAACCCAGAUCUCUGCUGGCUGCUCGUCUGGUACAUAAAUCCUGUAAAACCUCACUAGGAUAUCUGCUUCCUCCUGUCCUCAGUCUUUGUGGUAAGCUAGCUUCAUAAUUACUGUAUGUUUGUCUACAUUGUCCCCGCAACAUGAAACAGUUAUUUAAAAAGAAAACAUCCUCCAGCUACAUCAUUAUCCCAGUUACAUUUAUCAAUUCUUCUUGGCCUCCCAGUGCUGUUAAAAUAGUCUGAAAACGAUUUGUUAAUUCUGUGUACAGACGAGCUGCAGCUUUGUUUUAAAGAUUGACCAGAAGCAACAUUCAUUGAGUAUUUUAUAGUGAUGUGUAUCAUAUCCUGUCAUUUCCAUUAUGUGUGUUGUAUUGAUUUAUGUGAUUAAGUUAGUACAUUAAAGUUUGUGGCUAACUGCCGUCAAUUCC